AUGCUCAUGGAGAUGGUGCAGCCAAUGCAGUCUCCGUUUGAUGUGGCUUCCGAGGGCCAGGUGAAAAGGUUCAUAGAGCGUGGACGAACCGUUGCGCAGAGCACAGGUCGCAUUAAUGUGCGCCGAAUACGGACGAACCACCACACCUGGUGGGCAUCCUUUUGGUCAGACCCCUUCCAUUCGGUCAUCCACCACAGCACCAUCAAGAUUAUGGCCUUCUUUUGUGCAAGCUACUUAUUCACGCACCUGCUCUUCUCACUGGUAUACUACAUGGUGGACGAGUCUUGUGAUCUGCAGAUAAAGUCUCUGCUGGAUGCCAUGUAUCUCAGCUUGGAGGUUGGUAUGACGAUUGGAUGGGGUUUGCCCGGGUCUCCUUACAUGAAGCAGAGAGGAGCCAGGCACGGCUGCUUCAGUGGUGUUGGGAUCGUUUACCUCCACACCUUGACAAUGAGCAUGCAAAAUGCCCUGAUGAUCGGCCUGAUCUACUGCCGCAUGUCACGGGGAACCAGCAGUGGGCCCCUUUUAGCCGCCGAUCGGGUGUGGAGUGGGCUGAUGGAUGCUCUCUUCUACCAGCAUUUGCAAGGACUUACGAAAGAGUACGAGCGGCUGGUGCAGGAGAAGGCAGAUUUGGCAAAGCUCUUCAGUGAUGCAUCAUCUGUUGUGUUGCCGGCUCAGCCACGUCCAGUGGUCCUGGACCGUGAGGGAGCUGGAAGCGUCAUCUCACACAAG